CCUCGGCGCCGACUCCUCCCCCUAAGGCGGGAACACGCGGGGCCCAAAAUGGCGGCUAGCCGGUACCGGCGUUUUCUUAAGCUCUGUGAGGAAUGGCCAGUGGACGAGACCAAACGGGGCCGGGACUUGGGCGCUUACCUGCGACAGCGGGUAGCACAAGCCUUUCGGGAGGGAGAGAAUACCCAGGUUGCAGAGCCUGAGGCCUGUGAUCAGAUGUACGAGAGCUUAGCACGACUCCAUUCAAACUACUACAAACACAAGGCCUCCUGGCCUCUGGUUGCCCAGGGCCCAGGUGAAAUGCAGUUAGAGAGCAAGGCUUGUGUGCUGAUCUCUCCCCUUCCUUCACUUCCUCUCUGCCCCGGUGACCAGUACCCUCGCCCCAGAGACACCAGCUUCAGUGGCCUGUCGUUGGAAGAGUACAAGCUGAUCCUGUCCUCAGACACCUUGGAAGAGCUUAAGGAAAUGGAUAAAAGCAUGUGGAAGAAACUGCAGGAGAAGUUUGCCCCCAAAGGUCCUGAGGAGGAUCAUAAGGCCUGAGCUCGGGCCUUACCCCGUGCACAUACCUAGGUGUGGAGUCUUGUACAUUGCCAUCGUCAAUAAAACUGCCCCAGUUUCCCCCUGA